AUGGCACACAUCCCACAUGUGGCAUCUUUCUUUCUCUUUCUGACUAAGCUCAGCCUUGGCCAGAGGGAGGUAACCAUCCAGAAAGGACCACUGUUUCGGGUCGCGGGCUACCCUGUCAGCAUUGGCUGCAAUGUCACAGGCUACCAGGGACCUGCUGAGCAGAAUUUCCAGUGGUCUGUUUACCUGCCUAAAACCCCAAAACAAGAAAUCCAGAUCGUGAGCACCAAGGAUGCCAGCUUCUCUUAUGUGGUGUAUGCACAGCGGGUGCGAAGCAAGGAGAUCUAUGUGGAGAGGAUCCGGGGCAACUCAGUCUUCUUGCACAUCUCAGAGCCCCAGCUGAAGGAUUCUGGCGAGUAUGAGUGUCACACCCCGAACACGGAUGAAAGAUACUAUGGCAAUUACAGCGCGAAGACUAGGCUAAUUGUUAUUCCAGAUACCCUCUCUGCCACCAUGAGUUCCCAGACUCUCAGUAAGGAGGAGGGUGAAUCAUUAGAACUGACCUGCGAAGCAGCCAAAGCCACAGCUCAGCACACUCACCUCUCUGUCACCUGGUACCUGAUGCAGGACGGAGAAAGAAACCAAAUCACCGAGAUUAUUUCCCUCUCCAAAGAUUUCUUGUUGAUCCCUGGGCCCUCGUAUAAAGAGAGGUUUGCGGCUGGUGACGUCCAGCUCGGCAAGCUUGGGUUCACCACCUUCAGGCUGUCCAUAGGGAGCCUCCAGCCCUCAGAUCAAGGCCAGCUGUUCUGUGAGGCCACCGAAUGGAUUCAGGAUCCAGAUGAAACCUGGACUUCAAUCGCGAGAAAGCGGACAGCUCAAACCACUCUGAGGAUCCAACCCAUAGUGAGAGAUUUUCACAUCGACAUUUCAGCUGAAAGCACGUGGACUGCAGGGAAUUCCUUGGAACUGGUCUGCCUGGUCGUAGGUGGUGGCCGGGACCCAUGGCUUCAGGGCAUUUGGUUCUUCAAUGGUAAUGAGAUGGCCCGCAUGGACGCUGGGGGUGUUCUGGACCUGAAGGGAGACUACAGAGGGAGAGCAAGUCAAGGACAGCUCCAGGUUUCAAAGUUAAGCUCCAAAGCUUUCUCUCUCAAGAUCUUCUCCGUGGGCCCCGAGGACGAAGGCACCUACAGCUGCGCCGUGGCAGAGGUGGCGAGAGCUCCGAUGGGCUCCUGGCAGGUGCUUCAGAGCAAGCAGUCCCCAGACAGCCGUGUGCAUCUGAGGAAGCCAGCAGCAAGAAAUGUGGUCUUAUCCACCAAGAACAAGCAGGAAGCCAUGUGGGAAGGAGAGGCAUUAACGCUUCUCUGCAAGGCAGAUGGGGCUGUGAGUCUCCUGUCCGUGGAAUGGUGGCACCUCCCACGAGGCCAGGCGCAGCCGGAGUUGGUGGCCAGUACGCAACAAGAUGGUGCCGUGCAGUUGGGGGCCUCCUACAAGCAACCCAACAACCGGGGCCCCACGAGGCUGGAGAAAAUGGACUGGGCCACCUUCCAGCUGGAGAUCAGCCCCACCAGCACCACAGAUAGCGGCGUGUACGAGUGCCGAGUGUCUGAGGGCACCCAGAGCCACGCCAGAGGCCGGAGCUGGACUCAGAAGUUGGCAGUCACUGUCAAGUCUCUGGAGUCAAGUUUACGGGUUAAGCUGAUGAGCCGUCAGCCCAAAGCGGAAUUAGGCAAGAACUUUGGCUUGUCCUGCGUAGUGGAGGCUGACUACGCCAACCUCAGGGUGCCACUCACUGUGACGUGGCUGUUCCAGCCAGCAAGAUCUCAAGUCUUUCACCUACUUGUUCGAAUCACCCAUAAUGGCACUAUUGAGUGGGGGGAAGACCUACUUCAGUUCCAAAAGAAGACAAAAGUUCUCCAGUCCUCGUUCCAUUCUCAACUCCUAAUCCAUGAUGCCACUGAGGAAGAAGCAGGAGUUUAUCAGUGUAAAGUAGAAGUUUAUGUCAGAAAUUCCCUAUGCACAAGUGGCCCCGCAAGGGCUUCUGCCAUCUCUCACUCACUGAUGAUAGCCGUCACUUUACCAGAGAGCAAGCUGCAAGUGAACUCAAGCAGUCAAGUCCGAGAGAUCCUCAUCAACUCCAACACCAACAUAGAAUGUAGCAUCUUGUCCCAGUCCACUGGAGAUCUUCAGUUAGCCGUCAUUUGGUACUUCUUUCCCAGUUCCACUAACGCAAUCUGGCUGAGGAUCCUGCAAAUGGACCAAACCAAUGUUGUAAAAUAUGGGGAUGAAUUUCACACCCCAAGGAGAAAACAAAAAUUCUACCCCAAGAAAGUUUCCCAAGACUUGUUUCAGCUACACAUUUUGAAUGUGGAUGACAGCGAUCAGGGCAAGUACCACUGCACUGUGGAGGAAUGGCUCUUGUCUACAAAUGGCACUUGGCACAAGCUUGGAGAAAAGAAGUCGGGUCUGACAGAAUUGAAACUCAGGCCCACAGGAAGUAAAGUACGUGUGUCCAAAGAGUACAGGACAGAGAAUGCUACCGAGCACAGCCAGGUGGCCAUCCGCUGCAGCCUGGAGAGUCCUGGCAGCUCAGCUUCCCUGUUCUCUGUGAUGUGGUACCGGAACAGGGAAAAUUCUGGAACGAAAAUGCUGGUACACCUGCAGCAUGAUGGCUUGCUGGAGUAUGGCGAAGAGGAGCUCAGGAGGCCUCUGCUCUGUUACCGUUCAUCCUCUACAGACUUUGUCCUGCAGCUUCAUUGGGUAGAGAUGGAGGAUGCUGGGCUCUACUGGUGCAGAGUGGCCGAGUGGCAGCUGCAUGGCAACCCAAGCAAGUGGGUCAAGCAAGCCUCAGACGAGUCACAGCAUAUGGUGCUCACGGUGCUGCCUUCAGAGCCCACACUUCCUUCCAGGAUCUGCUCAUCGACAUCUUUACUCUAUUUCCUGUUGGUCUUCCCCUGCAUUCUGUUGAUUCUUCUGCUUAUUUCUCUCUUCUGCUACUGCCACAAGGCCAGGAAGUUGUCGGCAAUGAGUCUAAAAGCACAGAAAGAAAAGUCUCUUUGGAUGGACUUGAAAGGGACUGGAGACUGGACAAUAAACCAGAGGUACAAGGAAGAGGAAGACCAUUGAAUCCGGAGAGCUU